ACGGGACAGGAAGGCUGGCGGCGCUCCCAUUUCUCCCAGCCGGUGACCCCGGGGAUUUCUCUUAUGGUGGCUUUCUCUGAAAUGCCAAAACCACCCGAAUAUUCAGAACUGAGUGACUCUUUAACGCUUGCCGUGGGAACAGGAAGAUUUUCGGGACCACUGCACAGAGCAUGGAGAAUGAUGAACUUCCGUCAGAGGAUGGGAUGGAUUGGAGUGGGAUUGUAUUUGUUAGCAAGUGCAGGAGCGUUUUACUAUGUUUUUGAAAUCAAUGAGACUUACAACAGGCUGGCCUUGGAACACAUUCAGCAGCACCCAGAAGAGCCCCUUGAAGGAACCACAUGGACACACUCCUUGAAAGCUCGGUUACUCUCCCUGCCUUUUUGGUUUUGGACAGUUAUUUUUCUGAUACCUUAUUUACAGAUGUUUUUGUUCCUUUAUUCUUGUACAAGAGCUGACCCCAAAACGGUGGGCUACUGCAUUAUCCCCAUAUGCUUGGCAGUCAUUUGCAAUCGCCACCAGGCAUUUGUCAAGGCUUCUAAUCAGAUCAGCAGACUACAACUGAUUGAUACGUAGAAUCGGUCAUCAUUUUUUCCUUACAGUUACAAAACUGCCACUACCGUAUGGAGCCUGGUCACAAGACUGCAGUUUCUUCACAGAUCUCAGGAAGUUGUGGUGGGGCAGAGGCUUUCUAAAAAGUGUGACUAGGGGGCUAUCUUUAUCUGAAUAAUAAUGAAUUUUUAAGUUGAAGCCUGAGAUACAGUACUACAAAAUCAUGUUGAUGACUUCAGAUUUUGGAAGUAAAAUCGUGUCUGUUAUUUGCAUUCUUUAGAAACUUGAAUAAGUACCUGAACUCCUAUUUUUAUUCUACUGUGCAACAUAGUGAUGAUUCAUAAAUUUUUCCUUUGGGGAAAAAAAUGAGUAUGAACAUUUCCAUUGUGCUUAAUGUAAAGAGGUCCAAACAUGGUCAUAAAGUUUAAAUUUUAUACAAUUAA